UUAUUCUCACAUCCUAAAGCUUUUGCAGUAUUUCUCCAUAGAGUAAGAAAAAACAAAAAAAAUAAAAUAAAUAAUACUGCUUUAGCUUUUGGAAUAUCUUCCUUUUAAUCUCAAUAAAAAAAAAAAAAAAUGGCACGCCAAUUUGUCGUAUUUGCCUUAUUGGCUUUAACCAUCGCCACCGCAUUCGCCGCCGACGCUCCCUCAGCCUCCCCCAAGAAAUCUCCAUCACCCACCGCCGCACCAACCAAGGCUCCCGCCGCCCCGUCCAAGGCUCCGGCCGCCGCACCAAAGACCUCUUCCGUCGCCGCACCUAAAUCAUCAGCCUCUUCUCCCAAAACAUCUUCCCCUGCUGCCGGAGGACCCGCCGCCGAAGACGAUUACUCCGCCGGCAGUCCAAGUGACGACUCUGAGGCACCCACUGUCUCCUCCCCGCCGGCUCCCACACCCGACAGCACCUCCGUUUCUGACGGACCAAGCGAUGGACCCACUGCAGAAUCACCAAAGAGUGGUGCCGUGACCACCGCCAAGCUCUCCGUUGCCGGUACAGUCGCCGCCGUCAGCCUAUUCUUCUUUUCUUUCUAAGUUGAAUCAGUCCACGUUUUUGCUUGGAAGGAUCAGAGAUUUGUAUAAUCUUUUGAGAUGAGGCAGUACAUUUAUUUUUAUAUAUAUACAUCUAUUAAUCGAGAUUAAUUGGAGUUAAUAUACCUAAAAGUCAUUAUGAAAUUUUGUUAGAAGCAAUUUUUUCAUAUUUUGUUUAAUAAUAUAUAUUUAAAUUUUGUGGAAAGGCA